AUGUUGAAAGUGGGAUUGCAGCACUUUUCUUGCGCCCCCGCCCAGGGGAGUGGGCGCUAUGUCAGUGAAGGUGCAGAUGUCCCGCUGGUACUGCGGGGCCGAGUCCUGUUCCAGGAUUUUGGGGAGAUGCAGUUGCCGAGCUUCCCGUCCGCCGUCUUCCAGCUGCAGCAUUUGGAGGAGUUACACCUGGAGGGGAACUGCAUCGAGGAGAUCCCGCCGCAGAUCGGGCGCUUGCGGAAGCUGCGGGUCCUGUACCUGAACGGCAACAGGCUGCAGAAAUUGUGCGAGGAGCUGGGCGAACUGCAACGCCUGCAGAGCCUCGAUCUGAGCGAGAACCCGCUCAACUGCAGCGCCCUCACCCACACCCUGUGCCGCCUGCGGGACCUGCGGGAACUGCGCCUGUAUCACAUCAACCUGAAGCAGUUCCCAGGCCAGCUCUGCAAGAAACUUCACCACCUGCAGCUGCUGGGCUUGUCCAGGAAUAAGCUGGAGUUGCUGCCUUGGGAAAUCAGCUGCCUCAGGGAACUGCGGCAACUUUACCUUCAAUCCAACAACUUGCAGGUUUUACCCGCCGGCUUCUGCCAGCUGCACCAUUUAGAGGUCUUGGAUCUCAGGGAGAAUGCAAUGAUUUACCUCCCAGAGGAUAUCAACUGUUUGCAAAACCUGAAACACUUGUACCUCGCCGAUAACAACCUGACUUUUAUUCCACAGGCGAUGAGAGGCUGCAGCAGCCUAUGUGUGUUAGACAUCAGCAGGAAUCAUCUGGACGCGAACCACGUCUGCUCACUCCCAGGUUCUCUGGCCGAACUUGACCUGUCCGAUAACCUUCUGCACACAGUCCCGGCUGUCAUCUGCGAGCUCGGCGCCGCCUUGCAGCUACUCUACCUGAAAAACACGCACAUAAGGAACCUCAGCUGCUGCUUCUCCGAGUUAACAGGACUUCGCCUUUUAGAUCUCAGUCAAAAUGUUCUCCGGUACUUUCCGAAGCAAAUCUGCAGCCUGGGCCAGCUGGAGGUUCUGUCGUUGGAUGACAGCAAACUGAAAGAGGUCGCUCCAGGAAUAAAGAAUUUGAGCAAGCUGAAGACUCUCGGUUUAACUGGAAACAGGUUCCGGACAUUUCCCCAAGAAAUUUGCUCCAUUCAAUCCUUGGAAAAAUUAUACCUGGGACAAGAUCACGGGAUGAAAUUCAUCCACGUACCUGAGGAGAUUUCCCAACUUGUGAACCUGAGAGAAUUAUACCUCGAGAACAAUGAGGUUGAGAUUUUGCCAUCAACAAUUGGAUUGCUCCAGAACUUGAUUGUGCUUGACUGCCACGAAAACCGUUUACUGGAAUUACCUCAAUCAAUUGUGGACAUCACUGGCUUGAAGCAGCUUUUAGCAAGUUGUAAUCGGAUAAGACAUCUCCCAGCAAACCUUGAGAAACUGAAGAAUCUAGAAGUCCUUUCCUUGGAGAGAAACCCCCUGGAAAAGCCUCUUGAUGAAAUUUGCCUUCAGGGAGUGUCUGCUGUAUUCCAAUACUUAGAGAAAAUGAAGACUCAGAACUUAAAGGCAAUCAAGAUCCAAGCAUGGUGGCGUGGACUGAUGGUUCGAAAGGAAUUAGGACCUUUCAAAAACCUGUUCCCAAAAAAAGACAAAAAAAGGAAGAAAGACAAAGGAAAGGAUGAAAAGCGGAAGCAGCAGCAGAAAGGAAAAAAGAAAUAAAAGUAUUGACAUUGUAAAACCAGAAGGAAAAUCUGUGAAUAUGCAUAAAAGCUGGAGGUUCCAACAAUAUUCAGGCUUCAGGAAACCAUAAAUUUAUUGGCCAGAGAAGCAAUGAGAUGACAGAGUGGAGGGGGAGAAGGAAACUUGUUUCCACAACAGCCUGAUCACGUCAACAGCCUGUUCACCUAGGGGCUGUCCUCAGCAGAAUUAUCUGUAUUUUAAAUAUUGUGCUUCACUUUCUAGAUAUCAGGGCUAAUGCAAAUCAGGCAAUAGCAAGGUCCACUCCAUUUUCCAGCCCUUGAUUAAAGGACCUGCUGACUCGGUGUCAUCCCAUUUCAAGCUUUCCCACUGAAGACCAUUUUCAGCUUCUCUCUAAGAAAUUCAAAGGUUAUCCUCCUAAAAUGUCCGUGUUCAAGUGCUGAAGGUCAAUCUCUCAAGAGAUGAUCAGAGAUAGAACGAUCAAAAAUGCUAGAUGUUUGUAGAAAUUAACGUCAAUUAGAAAUUUCCUGUAACGUGUACUCACUGUCCUGCACUUUAUAAAACAGCUGCCUAAUCGACAGUAUAAUCGUAACUAAUUGUAAAUUGGAAACACCAUGCCUUUACAGCAUUUAUGACAAAAAUGUAGCUUGAAUGUUUAACUUGUAUGAUCAAAAAUGGGAUGUAAGGAGUUAAACUCAGGCACCGUACCGGCUAUUUUUUCCAAAGGAAAACCUUAGUAAGUUGCAGCUUGGGAUCUUAUUCUCAUCUACAGUAAAAGCAAACACAAUUGAAUCACUCUGGUAUUUGGUUACCACAUCAAAUGCAGCUUUGUAUUCAACCAACUUUCCUAAACUAUUCAAAAGUAUUAAAGAAUAGACAAAAAAUAAUGUAAUACAUGCCAAUAUAUCGAGGUCUUCCAAAAGGGUUUUGCUAAUGAACCACAUAAUAUUAUCAGGUUGGGUUUCCUGGAAAAAAAAACCAUUGGUGACAGGUAGUUACUCAAAUUGGCAAAAUAUCAGAAAGUAUCAAAGACCAGAAACCUUGAUACUAUGUCAGUUGUAAUUGGUUCAAAUGUACUUGAACAAUUCGAAUCAGGAAUCAGAAGUGCAUCAUCACAGUGACUCAGUAGUUAGCACUGCUGCAUCACAGCACCAGGGGCCCGGGUUCGAUUCUACCCUCUGGCGAUUGUGCGAAAUCCACACAUUCUACCAGUGUCCUACCGGUGCUCCGGUUUCCUCUUGGUCCAAAGAUGUGUAGACUAGGGGAGGGAUUAGCCAUGAGAAAUGCAGGGUUACAUGGAGAGGGUAGGGGGAUGGGUCUGGGUUGGCCUCUCUUUGGAAGGUUGGUGUGGGCCGAAUAGCCUGUUUCCAAACUGUAUCAUUGAAUGCCUACAAUUUCAAAAACAGUAAAUAAAAGCAAAUUGAAGGAUGAGGGUCAGGGGAAAGAAACAGAGGGUUUAGUUAAAACUGAAAAGAACUGUGACAAAUUGUGACUUGCAGAAUGGGCAUGCCUUGACACUAAUUUCACUGUGAAUAAGUGUGAGAUAGUGAAGUUUAGUAGAAGAAUAAAGGAGGCCACAUUCUGUAUGAAUUAUACAAGUUUAAACAAAAUAUUGCAGCAAAAGGGAAAUAAAUCACUAAUUAAGAGACAGGUUAAUAAGGCUACAAUAAAUAGAAAACAAAUCCAUUUCUAGAAGGAAAAGAAUUAAAAAUUCUAGAUGUUAAAAAUGAUAGAGAAUCCUCACCAUGCUGGGAAUGCUGUGAAAGGGGUUACAGAUAAACAAUUCAAUACUUUCACUAUAAAGUAGCAGUUAAUGUCUGUAAAAAUAAUCCUCUAUAGUUGCAAGAUACAGAACUAGUAUAAAAACUGGUGUCAUGCUGAUCAAACAUGACAAUAAUACCAAUUGUUAAAAACUAUACUCCCUUUUAAAUAUUGACAUUUUUCGGACUUUUAAAAACGGCUACAAUGGAUCACCCAAUUUCUAGAAGUCCAAGCGUCAAAGCCUCUUCAGACUUCGAGAAAGGAUUUACGGAAUGUCAAGUCGACAGUUAUCAGAACCAACUGCAAAAACACCAUGUCAAUAAGCCAAGACUGAAUCUGGUUCAGCAGCAAGAGAUGAAUCAAAAGUCAAUGUAUCAAAGUUUCAGACAUCAUCGUCAAUCAUUUAUAUCUUCGACCGUGGAGGCGGUUGUUUUAGAACACGGAAACUAAAUUUUGUGAUAAGCUUGGCUUUCUUUCAAGCCUUUUGCAAGCAAGAAUAUCAGAAAGAGCAACUGCAGAAACCAGGAUACAUCUAACCUUUUACCAUGCCACUAGGCAUGACAUUUUAGAUCCUCCUUGAAACCAGUUCCUGACAGGAAAAGCAAACAGACCCCCUUUCUUUGAUCAUUAUUGAAGUUCAUCCUCUCAACUUGGUGCACAUCUCUUUUUCUGAAGAAACUCUACAAAAUCUGGUCCUCUGCCACCUAGAUUUAUCUAAACAUGAACUCCCAAGUAGAAGAAAUCCUCUUACCAGAUUCUAACAGUGAUAUGAACUUGCAAGUUUCUGUUCAGUUUUAAUGUUUUUAGAAGUGAAAUUCCUUGCUAUAAUUCUAUCUGUCUGGUGUAUAUAUUG